GACCUUUCUUGCCUUCAGUGAGCCGCCGUAGCCGGGCUUGAGCACACUGCCUCCCGGGCUGCAAGCCUCAGUCGCGCGGGCUGAGCGGCUCUGUGGGAUCAUGGCGGCCGCCGCUUCUACCCAGCCCGUCGCCGACAGGCGACACUACCGGCGGGGCGGCACGGAAGCGGGCCGGGAGAGGCUGGAGGACGAUGGAGUUCGGACCCUCACUUCAGCUGAGCAGACAAAAGUAGAAGAUAUAGUCCAAGAGGUCUUUGAUGCUUAUAAGACAAAUCAUCAUGAUGCGCAGUUUGUUUUGCAGCGAGAGAAACACUUCCACUACCUGAAGAGAGGGCUGAGACAACUGACAGAUGCCUAUGAGUGUCUAGAUGCCAGCCGCCCGUGGUUGUGCUACUGGAUCUUGCAUAGCCUUGAGCUGCUUGAGGAACCCAUCCCGGAAUCUGUAACUUCAGAUGUGUGCCAGUUCCUGAGCCGCUGUCAGAGCCCCAGCGGAGGCUUUGGAGGGGGACCAAACCAGUACCCACAUCUUGCUCCAACAUACGCAGCCGUCAAUGCUCUCUGCAUUAUUGGGACUGAAGAGGCAUACAGUGUUAUCAACAGAGAGAAGCUUCUGGACUAUUUGUAUUCCCUGAAGCAGCCUGAUGGCUCCUUCAUCAUGCACAUAGGGGGAGAGGUGGAUGUCAGGAGUGCAUAUUGUGCUGCAUCAGUGGCCUCGCUUACCAACAUCAUCACACCAACUCUCUUUGAAGGGACAGCGGACUGGAUAGCAAGAUGUCAGAACUGGGAGGGUGGGAUCGGUGGCGUCCCUGGCAUGGAGGCCCACGGAGGGUACACUUUCUGUGGACUGGCAGCGCUGGUCAUUCUGAAAAGUGAGCACGUCUUGAAUCUGAAAAGCUUAUUGCACUGGGUUACAAGCCGCCAGAUGCGUUUUGAAGGAGGGUUUCAGGGCCGUUGUAACAAGCUGGUAGAUGGCUGCUACUCAUUCUGGCAGGCUGGCUUGCUCCCUCUCUUACAUCGAGCCCUGCAUGCCAAAGGUGACUCUGCCCUCAGUAUGACACACUGGAUGUUUGACCAGGAAGCGCUUCAAGAGUACAUCCUACUAUGCUGCCAGUGCCCUGCAGGGGGCCUCUUGGACAAGCCGGGAAAGUUUCGUGAUUUUUACCAUACCUGCUAUUGCCUCAGUGGGCUGUCGAUAGCACAGCAUUUUGGCAGCGGGGACCUUCUCCAUGAAGUAGUGCUAGGAGUGCCAGAGAACCGCCUGCAGCCUACGCACCCUGUGUACAACAUCUCCCCCGGCAAAGUGGUGCAAGCCGUGAUGCACUUCCUGAAGAAGCCUGUUCCAAAUACAGAGGAGGAGCCUGUUGCUAACUGAGAGGGGCUGCUGCCCGGGUAGACACUGUGCAGUGCCGUGUCCUGCCGUUCAACGCAUGGCACUGCAAGUCGCCUUGGCCAUUGUGGUGGGCCCUGGCCCUGGAGCUAACUUUUUGAUUAUUUUCAAACUGGGCUCAACUUUUGUGUGUGCAACUUUUGAGAGAGUUCUGCUAGCCAUACCAAAACCUGAUCAGUUUUCAGGACCUAGUAGCAGAUUGGCUGUGUGGUGGCAUACGGUUUGACAUGCUGGCUGCUCAUUUGCGUGGGACGCUCUCUCACCUUGCAAGCAGGAGCAGUUUUGGUUUUGAAACAAUGCAGCAUGUUAGUAUCUUAAGCAUCUGGCAAACCAGUUCUGUUGUUUCAUUUGCACUAUGCUAAGUAUCUUGGGGGGGGGGGCAGCUUACUAAUAGGCUGAUUACUGGCCUAGCCAGAGUUGGUGCCCUGAUCCCAUACCCUUACAGGCAAUAUAUUCUGUCCAUUUAUACUCCCUGAAGCUAUUCCAAGUACUGCUAACCAAGACAUGGGACUCUGGCUUUAAAAUGUAAGCAUAUUCUGAGUCAAUAGUGUGCACAUCAACACUGUAUUAGUUGUAUGUCGGCUGCUGGAGCACAUCCCAGGGGUGUUGUCUUGGAUACCCCCCUUGUGUUAAGCUCUUUUCCAUUAUGUAAAGUGGUGUUGAAGGUCUCACUCUGCAUCGAGCAAAAAAGAGGCCACUGGCAAGAUUGUGUGCAAAAUUCUUCCCCUCCCUUGCAUAUUGGUACUAGCCUGCCUAGUGGCAGGAAUGACAAUGUAAUAAUGUUUGUGCAUUUUAUUAAACAUAAACUAAUUCCUUUCUUAUUAUCUGUCCAGUUGUGACCGUUCAUAAAACUUUUUGAUGCAAUUGUA